AUGACCACCACUUUAUCACCUGUAGAUGAUGUGUUCACUGGUCCAAACUUGAAUAUCACCUUAACUUGUCCCGAUUGUAAAACAUAUCCUCCUGACUUGAUUGAAAGAUUUAGUGAAGGAGAUAUUGUUUGUGGAAGUUGUGGUUUGGUUUUAAGUGAUAGAGUUGUUGAUACAAGAUCUGAAUGGAGAACAUUCAGUAAUGAUGAUCAAAAUGGUGAUGAUCCUUCACGUGUGGGUGAUGCAGGUAAUCCUUUAUUAGAUAAUGAAAAUUUAUCAACAAUGAUUUCUUCAUCCCCUGACACUUUAAAAGCUGGAAGAGAAUUGAGUAGAGCUCAACAAAGAUCUUUCAUUGACAGAAAAGAUAACCAUUUGGCUUCAGCAUUUGCUAAGAUUUCCCAAAUGUGUGAUGGUUACCAAUUACCAAAAAUUGUUCAAGAUGGUUCUAAAGAAGUUUAUAAAUUAGUCUAUGAAGAAAGAGCUUUAAGAGGAAAAUCUCAAGAAUCGAUUAUGGCAGCUGCUAUAUUCAUUGGUUGUAGAAAAGCCCAAGUUCCCAGAUCUUUCAAAGAAAUUUGGGCUUUGACAAAUGUUCCAAAGAAAGAAAUUGGCAAGGUUUUCAAAAUUAUGAACAGAUUAUUACAAGAAAAAGCUUCUACUAAUCCUAAUGCCUUUGAUUUGGUUGAAGAUAACAUGCAAACCACUCAAACUUCAGCUGAAGAUUUGAUUAGAAGAUGUUGUAAUAAUUUAGGUUUAUCUACACAAAUCACCAAUGCUGCCGAAUAUAUUGCAAGAAGAUGUACAGAAUUGGGUGUUUUGGCCGGUAGAUCUCCAACCACCAUUGCCGCUACCGUUAUUUAUAUGACUAAUCUCAUCUUCGGAGCUGAUUUACAAUCUUCAAAAAUUGCUGACAAAACUGGGGUUAGUGAAGGUACCAUUAAAACCUCUUAUAGAGUUAUGUUGGAGCAUAAAAAAGAUUUGAUUGAUCCUACUUGGAAUGAUCAAACUCAGCCUGAAAUCUAA